CACGUGGCACGCGUCCGAGUUGCACGUGCAUUCGCGGAGCUGCGAGAGCCCGGUGCGCGCGCGAGAACGGGCACUUGCGGGAGAGCUUGCGAGGGGUCGGAGCGACGGUGUUCACGCCGCCGGGGUGAGCGGAGAGCGCGUCUUUCUUCACCGUGGGGGGAUCUCCCCCUCCUCGGUUCCUUAUUGCGCGAGCUCCUUCAACAGCUUCUUUCUGUACCGCAUUCUCUCGACUGCUCUCCUUGUUCUCUCGCCGUCCCUCUCUGUAUCGUAUCUCGGUCUCUCUCUUCUCCUCGGACUUCCCUCGUUCUACCUAUCGGCGCGUUUUGUAUAAAUGAUCGGUUGAGUCAUUGUCAUAUUGUACUGUUGUGACGUGAAAGAUUUAACUGUGCUUCGAGAAACCCGCUGAGAUCGACGUCUUUCGUUUUCUCAAAGUCGAGAACCAUCGGCGAGACCAGAUUUCAACGAGUUACGGACGAGCUUGUUCUUGUCUGAAGAAACACGUAGAAUGUAGAGUAACCCUGAAGUCCAGAGUACCUAAGGGCACGAAGAACUGUCGUUUGAACACACAGGCGAUAAAAUGACUAUGGAUGGGAGCAAAAGCGAGCCGGGCAAAAACGGGGCCACUCAACAGGAAUGCGCGGGUUGCGGAAAGACGAUUACGGAGAGAUAUCUCCUGAAAGCGUUGGACAUGUACUGGCACGAAGACUGCCUGAAAUGUGGAUGUUGCGACUGCAGGCUUGGCGAGGUCGGCUCGACGCUCUACACCAAGGCUAAUCUCAUUCUCUGCAAAAGAGAUUAUCUACGACUCUUCGGAAAUACCGGCCACUGUGCGGCGUGCAGCAAAGUUAUUCCAGCCUUCGAGAUGGUGAUGCGCGCGAGGACCAACGUCUACCACUUGGAGUGCUUCGCUUGUCAACAGUGCAAUCACAGAUUCUGCGUGGGCGACAGAUUUUAUCUGUGCGACAACAAGAUCCUCUGCGAGUACGAUUACGAGGAGAGGCUGGUUUUCGCCAACAUGGCUCUGCAUCCCCCGCCUAGCGCGACUCUGGCGCACAUCAAGAGACAAGUGACCCAUCUUCAGCCGCAGAACGCGGCGGGCGGGCCUCAGCGGCAGGCGAACGGGGAAGCGGCGGCCCACAACCACAACGGAUAUCCAGCGCCAGCCAGCUCGAGCGCCCAUAACGUCCUGAACCCCAUGAAUAAUUUAAACGGUAUCAAUGCGCAAGCAUCGUACGAUGCCAAAUGACAAACGAAGUAAGCGCCGAUAUAUCGAUUGAGUCUCGCACGAGGGCGGGUCGCCUCGUGCGUGGCCGUUCUCAUUGUCUUCGUGGUUUGCCGCGCCCGCUGAUCGUCCGAACUGUCGUCCUAACUUUAGCACGCGACCCACAGCGAAUUGCGCACAAUCGGAUGUGUCCCUUGACUAUCGGGAGAGAAAGGAAGGUAUCGCCGGGUUGUCGCGAGCAGGAGAAGGUGUUACCGCGUAUAGAUAUCUAUUACAUGUAUAAUCGCAUUAAACGGCCCGCUCCGCGUCGCGACAGGGCGGAGGACUUGAAAUAUGUAAAUAGAGGGCAACCGUGAAAAGUACGAUAGUGUUGCGGACAACGCGAGUAAGUGGCAUAGGAGAAUUAUAACGCAUCGUCUGACGAAAUGUAGGGAAGGAUUAAUUUAAAAAAAGUAUGUAUAUCGUGUUCUUCGGAAGUGACGCUUUCCGAUAAAUGAUAAGAUUGCCAAUGCCGCUAUCUCUCCUACGCUAUUUUAGGCGUCGUUUGCCGAGCGCGUAUCUCCCGGGCGAAUUAUUAUUCCGGUCUUCACGAAUAGAAUCUCUCCGAUAUAAGAUAGGACGUGAGGGAAGAAUAUAUAAAUCCAAAAUGCGCUCUUGCAUCUAAUUAGAUUCAUGUAUCCGAACGAAUUCGUCUUCCCCACGCUCGACUGGUUAGACGAUAAACAAGUAGAUAGAUAGCUAAAUAGAUAAGUAGGUAGGUAGCUAACGGAACGUAUAUUGGCCAGCUUAUGGCGAACUAUUGGUGCUCUUUAGAUUAUAACUGAUCGAGUUUGCAUGAUUCAGAAACCGCUAAAGCGUAAUGCUAACGAAAAAAAAGGUACUGUAAGAUCGAGGGAAAAAAAACAAGUUAAGAAAUUCACGGGCUAGAGAAGAAUCUCCCGGUCGCGACUCCUCCCGGAUUUAUCCGCUUUCGUGAAGCCCUACGGUAAAGGUAUCUAUCUGCUUCCGGUCGGUGCGAGGUAUCCUCAACAGCCGGCGGUGCCACGAGCCGAAACCCCGAAACUUCGGGGCGGUAAAUAAAGUUUGGCGCCGCGCAUUUAACGUUCGCCUCGCCGAGGCGGUGAGAAGAUGGACAAGAUGACCCUCGGAGGGCACCGACUCCUUGCCGGACGGGCAUCGAGACCGAGAUCGAAUCGAUGGGCUUCGAGAGAAGGCGACUGCAGCAGCAACAGCGGCAGCAGCAGCAGCCGCUCGCCAGCUCGCCACCCCAUGGGGCUCAUACGUUAGGGGUGACUUAAGCAUUGUUUCAACUUCGAAUCUCCCGGCAGAGGCCCAGAUUGAUGUCGCGAACUUUUCCGCUGCCUUAUUUGCGAGUCAGAUAACGAGGCUGAGUUAUGCCCAAAGUUCUCUCUUGAUCUCCAACCCCCUUCUCCGGCCCGGCCCGUGCUGAUCGUAUCGGAUCACGAGGAAUACCCGCAGUCGAAAAGGAUGUUUUAUUUCCUCCCUCUUCGGGGAUUCGUCGUCGAUGCCAAGAGUACCUACGGCGAACGGUAAUAGGCUGGCAGCUGCGCCGAGGAGAUACUUAAGAAGCGCGAUUCUCGCGGUUUCCGCGCCGGCCGCGAAUUAGAUCUUUGCAAUAAUUACUGUUUAUUACAAGGGGCUAACCACUAGCCAAAAUGUUGUCCCACCGAUUACACGAUUUCAUUUCAUUUCAUCCGAUAAAUAAUCUCAUCUGAUUGC